GAAGAAGAUGAUUAGCCCAGCCGCUAGUCGAAGCUAACUGAGAAAACAAAGCUCGAAUCAUGAAAAUAAGAGACCACUAUAGUGCAACACAACAUUUAGCAACAACCUGACAGCUGUUUGGACAAUGAGCAAGAAAGAACUCAUCAUUACACCAUGGCAUUUUAACCAGGUACAUAAUUGUCAUUGAAUGUUGUCUUCUGUGUAGGUUUUUAAAGUUUGAUGCUCAGCAAUGCAGUAGUCGCUAUGGGACAGACUAUGUGCAUUUGCGCCCGUGGGUCCGUCACAGUUGACAACAAGAAAUACUACUUUGUUCAGAAGCUAGAUGAAGGUGGCUUCAGUUAUGUGGAUCUGGUGGAAGGUGUAAAAGAUGGGCACUUUUAUGCCCUGAAGAGGAUCUUGUGCCAUGAUCGUGAGGGGCGGCAGGAUGCACAGACAGAGAUUGAGAUGCACCAAAUGUUUAACCAUCCAAACAUCUUGAGUCUGGUGGCACAUGCCUUUGUCGAACGUGCUGGCAAAACUGAAGCGUGGCUACUCCUACCUUACAUGAGUAAGGGAAGUUUGUGGUCAGUUCUUGAAAAACUGAGAGACAAAGGAAGUUUAAUGCCUGAAAAACAAAUUCUGCAAAUUUUUCGAGGCAUCUGUGCUGGACUUAAGGCGAUCCAUGAGCGGGGCUAUGCACACAGAGACAUUAAACCUACCAAUGUGCUCCUGGAUGAAAAUGACAAGCCAGUAUUGAUGGAUCUAGGGUCAAUGAACCGAGCCAGGAUAGAGGUCAGAGGAAGCAGGGAGGCAAUGAGCGUUCAGGACUGGGCAGCACAGAGGUGUACUAUUUCCUACAGAGCUCCUGAACUCUUCAAUGUGGAGAGCCACUGCAUUAUUGACGAGCGCACUGAUAUCUGGUCACUCGGCUGUGUGCUGUACUGUAUGAUGAUGCAGGAGGGACCUUAUGACCUCAUUUUUCAAAAGGGCGACAGUGUGGCCCUCGCUGUGCAGAACCCAGUGACCGUUCCACAGUCCUGCCGUUACUCUGAGGGCCUGAAAGUUCUGCUGAGUUCCAUCAUGGUGACGAACCCUCAGGAGAGACCAAACAUCAGCUGGGUCCUGGACCAGGUACAGGACCUGCAGAGCCGCAGCCCUAACACUCAAACCAACAUGGUCUGAUGCAGCUCUUUGCACCUUCAUACCUCUUGUUUCCUGUUAAAACACAUUUUAGCAGUUGGUACAGUGCACACGGAGUGAACUAGUUUUGGUCUAAUAUGAUUAUCAUGGCGGCUGCUUUUAAAUUUGCAAUUAAUUUUAAGAAUGGUGGAUAUUGAUGGUACUUUUUGUAUUGCCUAUAAUUACAGCCUUAGGUUUUUAACUUUAAGUGCUAUUUGUUUUAUUGAUGUUAUUUUUUUUGUGAUUUGUUAAUUAUUUUAUGAAAGCAUUACCUCUUAUCCUUUAUUGAAGUGACCUAAACAUUUUUACACAAUUUGCAUUCCCUGUUAAAAUUAAGGAGUUUUAAAUGUGUAUUUAUUUUUUAAUUUCUAGUGCACUUUUCAUGUGCAGUGCUGCUUUUAAACACAUGGUGGGGCUAUAUCAUCACGUUUGCCAUAGAGUAAGGACGUUACUGUCAGGAAACUAAUCAGUUCACACAGAUUUUGAAUAUGUUUAUGUAAAAUGCAUUUGAUCAUUUGUAUUGUUCAAAUAGGAACACCUUGAAUGUCUCAAUAAUAACCGCAGACCACACUUUUGUAUUUUGCACAUGCAACACAACAAGAUUAUAGUAAGAACCUAGCCUCAAAUUCAAUAUAUACUUACUUUUUUUUUUAAACUCUUUUAUUCCUGAAAUAUAAUAAUUAUUGUUUUGUGUGACUUUAGUUUUCUCAGGGUUCAUUCAAAUCUCAGUAGUAUGUUUUUAAAAUCUGAUGGUUAGUGAUAUGGGGCAUUUAAUUAUUAAUUAAUGCUUUUUAUGAUAGGGACUUGGACCUUAAAACACACUUGUUGGUAAAAUUGUACAUAUGACUGUUGAAAGCAUAACCUAAUGCUAAUUGACAAUUGGAUAUGUCACAUGACUUUGUUGUGUACUUGUAUGCUAAUACUGAUGACAAAUUAAAGGUUUGCAUUUGAA